GAGGCGUCGUCGUCGUCUCUCUCUCUCUCUCUCUCUCUAUUUCCCUUUUUGAUGGCUUCCGUUCCUUGUGUCAUUUGCUAUCUCGCCUUACUUAUUGCAUGUCUUGGUAUAUGCUGGCAAGUUCAUGGAGGAGGAAUAACCCAUCAACAUGUCACAAUCCGUUCUUUGCUGCCGAGCGAUGCUUGUUCAUCGUACAAAGAUGGAGAUGGAGUAAACCACAACGAAACAAGCCUGACGGUCCUCGACCGGCACGGCCCGUGCUCACCGUUCGACCUCCAUCAUCAGCUCUCUCACAAGCAGAUCCUCGACCACGAUCAAUCCCGAGUCGACAGCCUCCACGGCCGAGUCUCGACAGCCCCCAAGCAGGACCAACAGCUGGAUGCACUGGCAGCGUCGUCCAUCCCCGCCCACAGCGGCAUUUCCCUCGGCACCGGAAACUACGUGGUCAUCGUCGGCUUUGGCACCCCGAAGAGGGACCAGACCGUCAUCUUCGACACCGGGAGCGACGUCACGUGGAUCCAGUGCCAGCCCUGCGUCGUCACCUGCUACCAGCAACAAGACCCAAUCUUCGACCCAUCCCACUCCUCCACGUACCUCAACAUCUCCUGCAGCUCCGCCUACUGCACCGACCUCGGCGCCUCCGGUUGCAGCUCGUCCACUUGCGUUUACGGGGUCCAGUACGGGGAUAACUCCUACACGGUGGGGUUCUACGCGGAAGACACGCUCUGGCUGACGCCCUACGACGUCAUCCCCAACUUCCGAUUUGGGUGCGGCGAGCGGAACGACGGCCUCUUCGGCAAGGCCGCCGGCCUGAUCGGUCUCGGCCGCGACAAGCCGUCCUUUGUCUCUCAGACGUAUCAAAGGUACGGUGGAGUCUUUACCUACUGCUUGCCACCGACCUCGAGCUCGACAGGCUACUUGAGAUUCGGUGGUGGUUACCCCUCCUCCGAUCUCCGGUUCACCCCGAUGCUGUCGGGCGCAAGCUCGCCGACGUUCUACUACCUUACUCUAACGGCUAUAAGCGUUGGCGGUCAGCAACUGUUGGUACCACCCACCGUGUUCUCCGUCGCCGGGACCAUCAUCGACUCCGGUACGGUGAUCACAAGGCUACCGCCCACGGCAUACUCUGCCCUCCGGUCGGCUUUCCGGCAGGAGAUGACAACAUACAAGUCGGCACCGGCGCUGUCGAUUCUGGACACAUGCUACGACCUCAGCGGACUCGACAAAGUAACGGUCCCAGAGGUGGCGUUGCACUUGGGUGGCGGGGCUACUAUCCAUUUGGACAUCACGAGAAUACUGUACAUUGCGAGCUUGUCGCAAGCUUGCCUUGCCUUCGCCGCAAAUAGAGCUGACACCGAUCUGGGCAUAAUAGGGAAUGUGCAACAGAGGGGGUUGGACGUGGUUUAUGAUGUCUCAAAGCAUGUCAUUGGGUUUGGCCCCGGCGGCUGUUAGAUACAUAAAUGUAUAACAGUUGGCAUGAAAGAAUGAAUUUGUAUUUGGAUUGGUCAGGGAAAAAUGUCCUUUUGGAAAGCUUCAAUCAUGGUAAUGAGUAUUUUACUUCUUU